UAAUAAUUAUAGUUAGCAAAAUGGAAAACUGCUGAAGAAGUUGCUGCUUUGAUACGUUCUUUACCUGUUGAAGAACAACCAAAACAAAUUAUUGUGACUCGAAAAGGAAUGUUAGAUCCUCUCGAGGUUCAUCUCUUAGAUUUUCCAAAUAUUGUGAUAAAAGGUUCAGAAUUACAGCUACCUUUCCAAGCAUGCUUAAAAGUUGAGAAAUUUGGUGACCUCAUUUUAAAAGCUACAGAGCCACAAAUGGUUUUAUUCAAUUUAUAUGAUGAUUGGUUAAAGACAAUUUCAUCCUAUACAGCAUUUUCACGAUUAAUUCUAAUAUUAAGAGCUUUGCAUGUUAAUACUGAGCGUACCAAAGUUGUUUUAAAACCAGACAAAACAACUAUAACAGAACCUCAUCACAUUUGGCCUACAUUAAGUGAUGAUGAAUGGAUUAAAGUGGAAGUUCAAUUGAAAGAUCUAAUUUUAGCUGAUUAUGGAAAAAAAAAUAAUGUUAAUGUAGCUUCUUUAACACAAUCUGAAAUUCGUGAUAUUAUUCUGGGAAUGGAAAUAAGCGCUCCAUCAGCACAAAGACAACAAAUUGCAGAAAUAGAAAAACAAACAAAGGAACAAUCACAAUUGACAGCCACGACCACAAGAACUGUAAACAAACAUGGAGAUGACAUAAUUACUUCUACCACUUCAAACUAUGAAACACAAACAUUCAGGUAUAUUAAAUUUAUACACAAGAUUCUAGUUUUAGAAUCAAAUUCUCUAAUUAGUGAGAGUGCUAGGUUUUGCUCCUAUUCCAGAAGGGAAGGAGUUGAAGUGGGAUAGAUCUUCCUUGUGAAA